AUGAGCGGGGGAGGGGGGCGGUGACAGGUGAGGGGGCGUGGGGGGCGCACGUAGCGGGGGCCCCAGUACCAGCUGGCGGCCCCGGCGCGGCGUGAUGUCGUCCGGGUCGCGGUGCCCGGUGUGCGCGGAGCCCUGGGUGGCGCCGCGGCUGCUGCCGUGCCUGCACUCGCUGUGCGCGCCCUGCCUGCGGCAGCUGGGGCAGCUGGGGGCGCCGGGCGGCGCCGCGGCCCUCAGCGUGCUGUGCCCGGUGUGCGACGCCGAGGUGGCGCUGCCGCCGGGCGGCGUGGCGCAGCUCACCCCCGACUACCUGGCGCUGGGCCGCGGCGCGGCGGCUGCCGGCGGGUGCGACCUGUGUGCCGACGGGGCGGCUGUGAGGCGCUGCCGGACCUGCGGGGCCCACCUCUGCCUCUUCUGCUCCCAGGCGCACAGGAGACAGAAGAAGACGGCUUCUCAUGCUGUGGCAGAGUUGGAGGACAUCAAGGAUUGCAGCCAAGCUGGGAAGCUCCUCUUCUGCCCUUCCCAUCCGACAGAGGAGCUAAGGCUGUUCUGCGAGCAGUGUGACCAGCCCGUAUGCCGGGAUUGCGUUGUAGAUGGGCACCGGCAGCACCCCUAUGACUUCACCGGCAAUGUCAUCCAUAGGCACGGGAACUCCCUCCGGGAGCUGCUCAAGAGCACCCAGCAGCACGUGGGCACCCUAGAGGAUGUGCUAGAUCAGAUCAAUGACAUGGGCAAUGCCGUCUGCAGUCGCGCAGAGGCUGUGGCCGCAGAGAUCUGUCCGUUUGCCAACGGGUACAUGAAAGCAAUUGAAGAGCACCGGGACCGGCUGCUGAAGCAGCUGGAGGACUUGAAGGUGCAGAAGGAAAACCUGCUGCACUUGCAGAAAGCCCAGCUGCAGCAGCUGCUACUGGACAUGAGGACCGGUGUGGAGUUCACAGAGCGCUUGCUGACAAGUGGCUCAGACCUGGAGAUCCUCAUCACCAAAGGGGUGGUGGCAAGCCGGCUGGCAAGGCUGAACAGCGUUGCUUACAGCACCCACCCCAGCGUGGACAAUGGGAUCCAGUUCUCUGCCCAGGAGAGGGCCGGGCAAUGCUGUGGCUAUGAAGUUUUUGGGACCAUUCUUAACAAAGUGGCGGAUCCAGCCAAAUGUACCCUGCAAGGGGAAGGUAGUGGGGUGCUGUGCAACAGCCUAAUGGCAGCCAGCUGCAUCCUAAAGUCACCUUUCCAUUCUCAGCACCCACCUGAUCUCCACAAUGCCCGUCAGAACCAGCUGACUGGCUUUACAGUGCUCUGCAAUGACACCACGGGGGAGCAGAUGGGGAGAGGAGGAGAGGCUGUGCUGGUCACUAUCACUCACAAGGACAAGAAGGACUGUACAGUAAAGGCAACAGUGUGUGAUAAUGGUGAUGGGACCUACCAUAUUUCCUAUAGCCCUGAGGAGCCAGGCUUGUAUGCUGUCUGCGUCUGUGUGAAAGGGCAGCAUGUACAGGGCUCUCCAUUCACUCUGACUGUGAAAAACAAGUUCCGCAAGCACCAAGGUGUGUUUCACUGCUGCACGUUCUGCUCUAGUGGAGGCCAGAAAGCUGCUCGCUGUGCCUGUGGUGGGACUAUGCCAGGUGGAUACCAGGGCUGUGGCCAUGGACACAAAGGUCACCCUGGCUGCCCCCACUGGUCAUGCUGUGGACAAGUCAUGGAGAGCUGCGAGUGUUUGGGUGGGCCACCCAGCGACACCUCUCAAAGGAGUUUGCUCAGGACAGUGGCUCUCUGAACAGCCAGGUGAGCCCCUGGGAACCUAGGGCCUUCCUACUGGCUGCUGUAUAAGCACAAGCCAUGAAGAUCACCAUAAUCACUGCAUAGCCCUUGUUGCCAGAUAACAGCAUCCCAAUGGGUGUGAACCUCGAAAGGGGGAUGAGGGAAAAUAAAAUUGUGCCUUACAUUCUA